AUGCCUUUCUUUCAGCCAUCUCUAGCUGGUAUCCCUUCCACACAAUGGGCUUAUGUCCGUCAGGCUGGGAUUGACAACAUUGAAAUGACAAGAAUUCCAGUACCGACCCCGGGACCGGAUGACGUCCUAGUCCACCUUCAGUACUCUGGCGUAUGCCAUUCAGAUUACAGCAUUUUGAAACGUGGCCAUGAAGGCGCCGGCAUCGUAGUUGCCAUUGGACAAGAGGUUCAUGAUCUCAGAAUUGGGGAUAGGAUCGGAAUACAGUUGAUUAAUGCAGCGUGUGGAGCCUGCAACUAUUGCGAUAUCAAGGACAAUCGGUUCUGCCCUAACCCGAGGAUGUCUGGUUAUAGCAUCAACGGAACCUUCCAACAAUACGCAGUGUGCAAGGCAGCGAAUGCUGUGAGAAUUCCGCCAGAGAUCCCCCUCGAGGAUGCAGCGCCGGUUCUUUGUGCAGGUGUUACAUCGUACAAUGCGGUUAAAGCAUGUAAUCUGAAGCCCGGACAGAUGCUAGCCGUUGUUGGAGCUGGUGGUGGGCUCGGAACCUUCGCGUGUCAAUAUGCGAAAGCAAUGGGAUUUCGGGUUCUAGCAAUAUCAGCAGGCCCAGAAAAGAGGCGAAUGUGCAUGGAGUCCUUAGGAGCGGAUUUAUUUAUCGAUUAUUCUACCUCUUCAGACUUGGUUAGUGAAGUGAUAGAGGCCAGCUCUGGAGGACCACACGCUGCCCUUGUCCUCUCCCCGUUCGAUAAACCAUAUAAUUUGGCAAUACAGUAUGUCCGCCCCGAGGGAACUGUUGUCGCAGCCGGAAUACCACAUGGUACCGUCGCGGUGGACGUUCUCACUGUGAUCCAGCGCCAGAUCACUUUCAAGGGAUCAUACAUUGGAACUAGAGAGGACACUGAGGAGGCUCUUGAUAUCAUGUCCCGUUGCAGAUUUCCCGUUCAAUCAAAAAUCAUGGAUUUUUCGGAAUUACCAACAGUCUACGAUCUCAUGGAGAAAGGCGAAGCUGAGGCUUCCCCACGGCUCGAGUUCCACCAGGACCAGUAUAAUAUCGGCACCUUUCUAGCUUAUAGAAUGCAGGAGAUUGGCAUAUCUGAUUACUUUGUCGUUCCCGGUGACAUGAAUAUGAAUCUCCUGGACGAAAUCUUGAAGAAUAAAGCCCUCCGCAUGGUAGGGUGUUGUAAUGAGCUAAAUGCGGGCUAUGCGGCGGACGGAUAUGCGCGAGCAUCACCUUCUGGAGUGGCGGUGGUUAUAGUCACUUUUAUGGUCGGCGGAUUAUCUGUUAUCAACGCCAUUGCAGGAGCAUACUCCGAGCACCUCAAGGUUAUUGUUGUCUCUGGAUUCCCGGGAAGCAAAUUAGUCGAUCAUCCCCUGGUACACCACUCGCUGGGUACCAGAGAAAAAGGUCAAGCACUUCGGGCGUUCAAGGAAGUUACCACUGCUUCUGUCCGACUCGAUGCAAAGGCGGAUCCAGCUAAUGUUCUCGACGAAACCAUUCGUAAAUGUUUCCGGGACUCACUCCCCGUAUACAUUGAAAUUCCGGCCGAUAUAGCCACGCUCCCCUGUGCAGCGCCACGCAGGCUACGCCUUGAAGAUGGGCCGUUUUUACCGACAGACAAGCUCAACGAGGCAACGGAUGCUAUGAUCAAGACCUGGAAUCUUGCAAUAAGACCAGUUAUCAUUGUGGGAGCCUGGGUUCGACGAAAAGUCCCCACUGAUAUGUUGGUAGCUCUGGCUGAAAAACUCGGCUGUGCGGUGUACUGUCAGUUCGAUUCCAAGUCUCUCUUCCCUGAAACACAUCCACAGUUUGCGGGUGCGUUUUGGGGCGCUGUUGGAUCACCAGAAUGUGACCGAGCUGUGAUGGAGUCCGAUCUCUGGGUGGUUCUCGGUGGCCGUUGGAGCGACAUUCAUACAACGGGAAGAUUAAAUAUCCACAAUGAAGAGGCGCAUCGCAUCCUGGACCUGCAGGAGGAGCGUAUUACACUCCCCAGUGGGGAGACUAUUGCUGGGGUGUCGCUCUACCAUGCCGUCGCCGGCCUGAUCGAUGCUGAUAUUCCUCGUAAAGAUACAAUCUGGCGCGCAUCUGGGUCUGUAACCAAAGGGGCAAAUGGUCAUGGCGUGACGCACAGUGCGCACAGCUUUAUAACGCUGGCAGGGGUUAUACAAGGGAUUCAAAGUAUCGUCAAACCUAGUGACACUCUGAUUAUCGAAGCAGGGGACACUCUGUUCCAUUCGCAGGAGCUUCAUCUCCCAGAGGGGGCUGACCUCCAAAUGCAGAACAUCUACGCGUCAAUCGGCUGGAGUCUUCCUGCAGCACUUGGAUGCCAGCUUGCCCGUCCAGAUGGGCGCUGUAUUCUGUUGAUUGGGGAUGGAAGCCUGCGCAUGACUGUCCAAGAGUUAGGUACGAUGAUCGAGAUGAAGGCCAACUCGGUGAUCUUUAUUUUCAAUAACUUGGGUUAUGCCAUUGAGUCUGCCAUACAAGAUGGACCCUACAACUACUUUGCAAAUUGGAACUAUGCAGCGUUGGCCACAUCCAUGAACUACACGCCCCAUUUCGUUGAUGCACAGAACCCUUUCACGAGCAGCUAUGCGACUCCCGCGUUAUUCCCGGUAUUUGCAUUGCAGAUCAAGACAACUAGUGACUUAGUUCAAGCGUUGAAACUAAUCGAGAUAGAGACAGACAAGUUGGUCAUUCUCGACUGUUGCAUUCAUCCUCAAGAUGUCAGCCCAAUGCUUCAUCGGCUUGCUCAACAGAUUGCGGACUCAAACCGGGUUGAUAAUAAGGAAAAUGGUUCUUGAACUUGACUCUGGAUCUGGUUCCCUGUGCUACUUGGACGGCGCCAGAGGUCAUAUAUAGUAUCAAGCAGGAAAAACGCCGGUCGUUUGAAUCCGGGAGCGAAUGAGAACCGC